GUUUAAUAAUUGUAUAAAACAUGGCGAAAGCGCCUAUGCAGGUCAGUUCAUCAGUAACUAUCCUCGGAUCUUCCUCGUCUUCAUCCUCCUCAACGCAACCGGAGAAACCGCAGCACUACACGUACCUGAAGGAGUUCAGAACUGAGCAGUGUCCUCUGUUCGUGCAGCACAAAUGCACACAGCAUCGGCCCUUCACCUGCUUCCACUGGCACUUCCUCAACCAGCGAAGGAGACGGCCCGUCCGCAAACGGGACGGUGCCUUCAGCUACAGCCCGGACGUCUACUGCACCAAAUACGAUGAGGGCACCGGCACGUGCCCCGACGGAGACGAAUGUCCUUUCCUGCACCGGACCGCCGGUGACACAGAGCGGCGCUACCACCUGCGCUACUACAAGACCGGUUCUUGUAUUCACGAGACGGAUGCUAAAGGCCACUGCAGCAAGAACGGCCCCCACUGUGCUUUCGCACACGGCUCUCAUGACCUUCGAGCACCAGUAUAUGACAUAAGGGAGAUGCAGGCUCUAGAGGUGCAGGCUGGAUCCUGUUUGGUUGAGUCUGGGGUUGGUGAGGGACAGUCGGGUCUCGUGGCCAGUGCAGCUCUUAUAGAGAAGACUCUGAGUGAGGAGCCGCGUUGGCAAGAUAACAGUUACGUGUUAUCACACUAUAAGACCGAGCUGUGCAAGAAGCCACCGCGCCUGUGUCGCCAGGGCUACGCCUGCCCGUACUAUCACAACAGCAAGGACCGCAGACGCUGCCCUCACAAGCACAAAUACAGAGCCCUGCCGUGUCCCUCAGUAAAGCACAGUGAUGAGUGGGGCGACCCCAGUAAGUGCGAGAGUGGCGAGAACUGCCAGUACUGUCAUACACGUACAGAGCAGCAGUUUCACCCCGAGAUCUACAAAUCCACCAAAUGCAAUGAUAUGCAGCAGAGUGGCAGCUGCCCCAGAGGACCCUUUUGUGCUUUCGCUCACCUAGAGAAAGCAAGUGGAAUUGAGGACCAGCCCUUCCCAGACUGCAGUUCGUCUCCUCCUUCGGGCCACCGCUCAGCAAGCUUGGACAGCAACACAGAGCAAAGCCUUUUUAGAAAAGCUAUGUAUGAGGAGACUUCGUAUUUGGACGUCUCUAAUUGCAUCUGGGCAGGAGAUGGGGGGUAUGGAAAAGCCCCGGGCUUUGAGAGAGAGGAUCAGGCGAAGCAGAAGACGUUCACAAUGGACCAUCGCUGUAAAGACCUCGGAUCAUUACACGGCAAGCCGGAGCUGUCAGUGUUUCUGCCAGUGGGCAGCCCAGUCAGUCUCUCAUCCAGUGUGCCAUCCAGCCUGGCGGCGACCCCACCCAGCCCGGCACCUUCGUCCGGGAUGAAUGCUAACGCGCUGCCCUUUUAUCCCACCAGUGACACUGUGGAGUCUGUAGUAGAGUCGGCGCUGGAUGAUCUGGACCUGAAUGCGUUCGGCGUGUCGGUGCUAGAGAAAAGCCUGGAGAGCAGCUCAAUGCCCAGCAUGAGACUUAUGUUAGGAGGGAGUCCUCUUCAGAGUUCAGCCCCAGUUAACAUCCCAGGAUCCCUCAGCAGCCCCUCCGCCUUUAGAUCUCCCUCCCCGUCUCCUCCAAUCAGAGCUCACGCUUCUCCGUUUCUGUCCGCCCAGUUGCCACAUUCCAGCCAAUCAGAGACCAGCUUUCUGGGACCUUCUCAUAGUUCUUUGGGCUUGAAUGGAAUGAACAGCAGUAUUUGGGAGCACUUUCCUCUGGGCAGCUCUCCCACCGGGAGCGUGUUUUCGGAGGCCUCGCGCCUUAAACAGGAGGUGGAGGAGGCGCACAGAGUACUGAAGCAAUGGGACCAGAGCUGGAGGCAGAUGUCACAGUCAUGGGCGGUACUAAAGUCAGACGCCGAGGAGGCCCGGUUGCUGGCUGGCCGGUUGGGUUUGGAGGCGGAGAGGGCACGCCAGGCCGAAGAGGAGGCGCAGGAGCAGGCCGCGUGUCUGGAGGAAGCGCUGGAGAGUUUACGCAGCUCGGAGAACCCCCUACUGCAACUGCACCAGCUUCAUCUGCUACACAAGCUUCCACUCAGCUCUGUGUGCAGUCUGCAAGCUCAGAUCUGCACCAGUCUGCGCACAGUGGAGCAGGCCGUGUACAGGAAGCAGCAUCUCUGUUGCGUAUCCUGUGAGGAGUUGGGCUCGGUGGCGUUGCCGUGUCAGCACGGCGUGUGCUGCGAGCGCUGCGCGUCCUCCGCCAAAUGCCCGGUGUGCUCCGAGCACAGCAAGGGUCUGAAUCUACCCCAGUCCUAAUGCACAGCCAUGUAGUCCUAGACCAUUCCACUCUCAUUCUGAUCUUCAGCCUAACCAGACCUCACCGAACCUCCUCCUCCAGAUGUGGAUACUAAACACCUGGUCCGUACCUGCGCUUUAAUCCAGGGUUUAUUUCGUUUCAACCGUUCCCUGGUCCAAAUACUUUUGAUCCAGCUCAUAAUGGACUUGACUGACUGAGGGUCUGUUUGAAAACCUACUGAGCUGCCUCGCUGCCUACUGCCCAGUUAGGCGGCUCCCUUAGUAGGGAGGAUUCUAAUAAGACAUUGAACCUACAGGUACGAGGCAGAUUAUUUAGACGCACUACUUGGACAGCGAUUACGUCGAGCUAACACAGUUAGCCUCUGGCCAUUCAAACCAAAGUAUAGUCAAAAAGGUAUAUAGGUAUAGUAAAAAAAUUGGCUUUUUUAGGUCGGACCCUCAUGCAGAUCAGAUUCCACAAUGGAGGAGUUUUAUCUUUAUCUUGUGCCAGUUCAGAUUGGAUGCAGUACUGUUCUACCUGAUAACACGGCACGGUUCAGUGGUGCGACUUUUUAAUUUUGCUCCGUAAUGAAGCUACUAGGCCGGUAAGCGAAACGCAUAGCCGGCAACCCUCGACCCUCAUAUUUACAAACGGUGUACACAGAGCAUGUGAUUCAGGACAAUAGAAGUAAAAAAAAGUGGCUAGCAUUGGCCUAACAAGGCAGGCAACCGUUGUAAAAAAAGAAUUACAUUAUAUGGCCAAAAGUAUGUGGACACCCCUUCUUUUUUCUCUAUUUAUUUAUACAUUUUUUUUCAAUUUGUCUUUGCGCUGCUGGGGAUCCCGGAUUGCAUUCAAGGAGGGUAUAUUUCCUGCUCACGGGUCGGAGGAGGUCCUUAGCGGGCUCUUUCUUAUACGCCCAUGCUUCUGCACAGGUGCCUCUAUUUGCUAAUCAGGGUCCUUGCAAACCCCACAAACAUAGUCCGGUCAUCCCGCCCUAGCAGACGCGGUAGCCAAUUAGAGUCUGCUUCAGGCACUGCCAAUUAUGCCCGCUAGAUGGUGGACACAGUAAUUAUGACCGAGUACAAUUUGAGCGAUUGAGGGCGAUGGUGGACCUUAAAACAGCAACCUAAUAAUAAUACUUGAUUACUGGUCCAGUACUGUAACCAGUUCAGUUUGGGGAAGAUCUAGUGGGAGAGGUCCAGCUGUCUGUUCAAAGCCCUGACCUCAACCAUAUGGGAUAAAUAGCAAUCUUUGUGAGCUGGGCCCCCUUAGCACACAUUCCCACAGAUACACUCCAGAAUCUUCUGGGAAGCCGUCACAAGGUGGUUUGGAAUGGACUGGACAAAAAGUUCAUGAUUAGGUGUCCACAUACUUUUACAUACAUGGCCAUAUAUUGUAGCUUUAAAAAUUGCUGCAAAUUUAGAAUAGAAGUAAAGAUUUUAGAUAGGUUGGUUGCCAGAUUUAGCAAGAUCCCUGCUCAAACAUACAGGCUUGGUCUUUAUCAAAGCUUCGAGUCUUCACAGGCUUGUUUAGCUUCAUUCUGAAGAAGGAUUAGGAUAUUAGGGUUGGGAUUUUAAGAUCACCAUCAACCAUCAAGCUAAUGGUUUUACCUCAGCUCGCAUCCACAGGUUCAUCCUGUUCAUGUUUAAAAUGCACUGCAUCUGACACAAACAUCUUUCUCAUUUACAGGAGCUCAGAAUCAAACAACUGUAAUUAUUAUUGUUAUUAUUAUUAUUACACAAUAUUGUUUCUGUAUCGAUGUUAUUAUAUUGUUUAAUAUUCUGGGAUAUAAAAUCAUAGCCAUAUGAAUAUGCUCGUUAUAAGCACUGUAUCGAUUUAGAUGUUCUUUAUAGUUCACAUGGUUAACAUAAAACCCGGAACAGAAGCGUGGAAAAGCACACGUCUAUCUCGUUUAUUGCAUCCAAAACAUUAGGACCACGCGUCUAAUACGCUGUUGAUACAAGAUAUGCCAGACCAGUCGAUCCUUGUCCAUUUUAUAUCCAAGUUUAAUUCUCUUUAAGCUAAAACGCUUCACUGUGGUGUCUGACCAUUAUGUCAGACCAGUCAGCCUUCGUCCAAUGUUGGCGGUUUGCAGACUAGAGAAGUAACUAGACUCACUGAUGAAAUAAAGUUUUGCCUGGCAUCACAGGUGUGUACGAUGGGUUUAUAUCUAAGUUUAUGUCUAACAGACUGGAUCUAGAGAAAUGUGUCGGGUAUCAUCAAAUGUCCAUAGCCUGCCAUCUUUGUGCAUAAUUUCUUUAUCACAUGAGUUGGUUCAGCAUCACUGGAGCUUCUGGUCUCUUUUUCAUGCAGCUUUUGAUAUUCUGAGUAAGCAGCUGUUUUGAAGUGACGUUUGCUUUCGUUUCUUUUGUGAGCACCGAUGCCAGCCAACCACGCAGCAGCGAGUGAGACUGAACAGUCCUCAUAUCAACAUUCGGGACUCUGGACUCGUCAUGAAGUUACACAACUCGCCGUUUUUCAGAAUUUGAUUGUUUUUUUGUGGCAUCUCGGUGGUGUAUGAUGGAUUUAUAUCUUUGUUUAAUUCUUUUUUAAGCUACGAGGCUUCACUGUCUGUAAUCGCCUGCCAUUCAAGACCAUUCAGUGUUUCUCUCUGAUUUUGUACAAGUAAUAAACAAAUGUAUAUUUUUGGAUGAA